AGCGAGGGCAAGGAAGGCGAGCUGCCUCGUGGGUCUGGCUGGGAGGUCCCUGCGCGCUUCAAAGUCCGAAAGGAAGCAAUCCCGAGUUGCGGGCGCCCUUGCUGCAAGAACCGACCCAGUGGCCCGCGGAGGCCGUGGCAAGCAUGGGCGUCACCUGUGUAUCUCAGAUGCCAGUAGCAGAGGGAAAAAGUGUUCAGCAAACAGUUGAAAUCUUAACAAGAAAAUUGGAGCUACUUGGCGCAGAAAAACAAGGAACAUUUUGUGUAGAUUGUGAAACCUACCAUACUGCAGCCUCCACAAUGGGCAGUCAAGGACAGGCUGCCAAACUGAUGUAUGUGAUGCACAAUUCGGAAUAUCCCCUCAGCUGUUUUGCUCUCUUUGAAAAUGGCCCAUGCCUCAUAGCAGAUACCAACUUUGACAUUCUUAUGGUGAAAUUGAAAGGCUUCUUUCAAAAUGCCAAAGGGAACAAAAUAGAGAGCCGAGGCACUCGGUAUCAGUACUGUGAUUUUUUGGUGAAGGUCGGCACAGUCACCAUGGGGCCCAGUGCCCGUGGAAUAUCUGUUGAGGUGGAAUAUUGUCCAUGUGUGGUAGCCACUGACUGUUGGAAUCUUGUAAUGGAAUUCAUGCAGAGCUUUAUGGGAAAUCAUGCCCCUGGUAUCCCCUCUGUGUUCAAUAAUAAGCAUGACAGCAUCUACAGUCCAGGUGAUACAAUAGUUCAAUACAUGGAACUUUUCAACAAAAUUCGCAAGCAGCAGCAAGUGCCUGUUGCAGGUAUCAGAUGAAGAAGUGUCAGAAAAUGUUCUUCAAGUAAGCAACCACUUUGUUGAAUAGCAAAUUCAAUCCAAUAUUCCAGAUGGCAGUUGUUACCCAUCAAAGCAAUAUGUCUCUGUUGUAAAUAUCUUCUUGUUGAAGAUGAAUGUUGUCUCAUAUCAGACUCAGAAAUGUGUGCCAUAGUUACUUUGCCCUUGUUUUAGAUUCAGGGAAUCUAGUCAUGGAAACCAAUAUCUGUACUGUUAUACAUAGUUUAAAUUUUAUGUUAAUGAAAACAUAGAAUCUGUAUGUGUAGGUUUUUAAAGAUGUUAAUUGUCAUUGUAUUCUGUCUAGUGGGGAUUAAUUAUUGUUUAGUUUGUAUUUUGCUCCUACAAAACCUUUUUGUUAGUUCUUACAUAAAUAUAUUAAUCUUCCCGAUUAAAAAGCUGUUAAAAGCUAUUUUCUAAUUAAUUUAGUAAAGACUUGAUAAUUACUUAACUGCCUAUGUAACUGUCUCUGUACAAUAACCUUUCAUUAAACUCUGCUUGUAUGUUGAAUUUUAUGCUGUUCUAUGCAAGAAAAACAAGACUCUAGGUUUUAAUGAGACCCUAGUAAUGAAUUCCCUUCCUUAUACAGAGGUAACCACAGCCUUUAAAAAAAGUUCUAAUUAUCAAUUAGACCAAAGAACUUAGGCGUAUGUUUUUGAUAAUGGGAGUGGUAGCCAUCAAUAAUGCCUAAUAGUAUAUCUUAAAGAUCCCUGAAAUAUAUCUGUUCUCUAACCCUAAUAUAAGACUAGGUAGUAGUAUGCUUAAAAGUUAUUUAGGUAUUUUUGCUUUCUUAACUCUAAUAUAGUAUGUGUGAGAGUAUAAUUUCAAAAAUGUUUUCAUUCUGGUACACUAAUAUUUGUAGAAUGGCAUAUACGGUAGUUGAGCCAAGUUUCAAAAUAUAUUUUAGAGAUUUAAAUAUACUUUAGAGAUUAUCUUCAAUUCAGAAUUGGCAAUAUCAGACCAAUUCUACACACACCUAACAACUUGGCUGUGAAAAAAGUAUAUUCCAGUAACUGAUUCUUAUUCCCAUCUAUAUAAAGUUUCUGGUUUGAAUGCAACCUGAGCUUUUUGAUUCUUUGCACACGAGUAGUUGUUUAACUUACAGAACUAGAGGAUAAAUAUAUUUGAAAAGAAAGGUUCAGUUUUUCAUUGCUAAAGUCAUAAACAUGUAAAUUUCAUCAGGAUUUUAUAUGAAUAACUUUUUAAUUCAACAGUCAGAGUCUAUAUGGUCAAAGUAUUGACUGUUAUUUUGUAACUGAUUUUGGAAUGUAAUAACUUUUAUUUGUCUAUGCGUACUAAGCAUUGUCCUGCUGAAAGAUAAACAUUUAUUUGACGUUUUGUUUUUAUGCUCAAACACUGUAGCCAUUAAUUAUAUGUGAUCUAUUAGAAAACAUUAAAACUAUAUAGAAUUAAAAAUUAUGGUCAAUAUUAUUGAUUGGUUCAAAACAAAUAUUGCCCAAAUUAUUCAUGACAUAUGUUUUUUAUUGGGUAAGCAGCUGCCAUUUUUAAGUUCAUAUAUUAAAAUAUUGAAGUACAUAGGAAUGUUUCCCAGUAUUUUUAACCUUGUUCAUUGGCUAAGAGCCCAGAAACAUUUGACAAAUUGAUUGUUAAUAUAUGCAGAAAAUUGUCUGUAUUGUAAGCAAAUAAGUAAUUUUAACAUAAGAAAAUUGAAUCUGAUCCAUGAAUCAUAUGCAACUUUAAUAUGUUGUGACUUGUGGUUGCUGAUGAACUGCAGGCAAUAAAGAAUGAAGACUCAG